GUUAAAGCCACACCAACGGCCAUCUCCAUGUCAUCUCUCUGCCUGCCACACGCAACGCUGUGGCGAAUGUUCCCACUCGAUUUGGUUCAUUCGUUAAGCGAAGCUGCAGCCAUGUGGAGUGGUUGGAUUGCCAUUCUGCUCUCAACGCUCUCCUGGACACUUCCUGCACUCGAGGCAGCCAAGUGCAAGGCAGCCCCCAAGUCUGUACAGAAUGUACAGAUAUGCUGUCCCGCUCCCAUGCCCAAUUGGGGCGUCUACAACGUCGAGUGCCGCGACUCCGGACAGCAGCCAAGCUGCCGUCUGGCCUGCAUAUUCAAUGCCAGCACGGCCCUGCAAGGCCCUCGCUUGCGGCUCGACCGAGUGCGACCCAUGCUGCAGCGCGCCUUUGGCCACCAGUCCACCAUCGACGCGUACGCCUCGAACUUUGGCAACUGCUCCGCCCUGGUGUACAGCAAGUACCAGGAGCUGGCCGGAGUGAGUCGCCAGAGCGACGCCUGCGACAGGCACGCCCUCUUCUACAGUCUGUGCGCCUACUUUCGGCUGAUGCAGCACUGCCCCACGGCGUUCUGGCAGCGCAACAAUAAGAUGUGCCAGGAGGCGCGCUCCUACACGAGCAACUGCUUCUGGCCUGGCUUCAAACGAUUCAUGAACAGCACCUGAAUAAACUCGGUG